AUGACACAUGCUAUCUCUUCACAGUAUUCAAAACCUGGACGCUUGGCACAAAUUAUGAAAAACGAAACUGGAAAUCCUAUCACAGACGAAGUUACUCAAGAACGUGAUUUACAUGAUAAUAUAAAAAUGUCGAUAUCAUUCACUGAUCUUGCUGUUGGAGAUGAACAAUUACAUCCACCAACAGCUCAGUCGAUUGAUAGUCGUCGUUCAUCAGUUAACAGUUCAGAUUCAUCUACCAAUUGUUGCCCAUCUCCAAGUCCAUCAACUCCAAUUCGAACUAGUACUAUUGUUAGCAAUCAACGUCAAUGUUAUUCACCUGCUUUACAGCAGCAAGUUGCACCAUUUCAGUGUUACUUAUCGAGUCCGCCUAGUCGAUCACAAAGUCCCAUAGCAAAGUCAUCGUCCUCUUCGUCUUCCUGCUCAUCGUCAGUACAUCUGCCAACAUUUCCAAAUGUAAAACGAAAACAUUGCGAAGAUCGAGAUACCAGUGGACAAAUAAGUAAACGAAUGGCAGUCGAUAGUGAUUGUUUAUUUGGACAACAAAACUCUUCAACUGAUUCAAUUCUAUUAAAAAAUAGUCAAGUAAUGGUGACUUCAUCAUCAAUUAAUACUAACGACAAUAAGAAUCUUCUAUUACCAUCAUCAAAUUCAUCAUCAUUUAAACCAAUUCUCCGUCGAUCAUCCAAUGUAACUUCACAACAACAGCAUUCUAACAGUUUUAGUCUUUGUACCAUCACAACAACUUCUUUUUCACUUUCUUCACAUCAACAACAAAUUGACAUUGAUUCACCACCUUCACCAAACAAUCAUUUUGGUUCAAGUUGUUCAAGUCCAACAUCAUCUACAUCUUCUUCCUAUUCGUUUGCACCAAUAUCACCGGCAACAACAACAACGACGAUGACAACAUAUUCUUCUUAUGUGUCAACAUCAUCAUUACUCUUACCAGCCGCUAAUUCAUACAAUCUCCAACUUCAAAAUAAGCACAAGAAUAUUCAGUCGUUGGUAAUUCCAUCAACAGAUUCAACUUCAACGCAAUUAAUCACAUCUAUAACAAGUUCACAUCAACACCAUCAUCCUCAUUCAAAUAUGCAAUCAUGUUCAUCUAAUCAAUUACAACGUGAUCGUUCAUUAGAACAAGAUUCUGAUAUAGUAGUUAAAGCGACGUCUGAUCCUCCAACUACCACAAGUAAAUUAGAGCCAUUAUCUGUUUUAUUACCUCCACUUGACACAUUAAAAGCAACAACUACACUCACUGAUGAUGGUUAUUCAUCGGCUUGGACUAGUCCGAAAGAAUCGAUUACUGGCAAUAAUUCGGUGAAACAUACAUUUCAAACAUAUUCAAUUGAUUCCUAUAGUUCUAUUUCUUCUUCUUCGACCAAGGAUAAUUUAGAUUUAGAUAUUACUCAAAAUGAUUAG